UCUCCAUUCUCUCUCUCUUUCUAUUACAAAAUUACAGUUUUUCUUGCAUUUUGCUCUCUCUCUCUCUCUCUCUCUCUCUCUCUGCAUAUCCCAAAUAAUCAAUUUUUCAAGAAUUGGGUUUCUUUGAAUCUCAAUAAUCCCUUUGAAACAACAACAAAAAAUUGAUUUUGUGUUUGGGAUUGCAUGAAGAAAUAUAUGAAAGAGUGAAUUUAGCCUGCAAAAAUGUUGGGCUCUUAUACUGCUUUUGCUCAUCUCCUUAUGCCCUUUUCAAAACCUAUGUCUCAUCGUUCUCUCAUUGGUGGUAAUCAUACCUCUGCUCGUUUCUGUUCCCGGUAAUUGAUUUUUGUUAAGUAAAAAAGGAGUGAUUUUGAUGGAUCAUAGUACGGGGAAGCCGGGAUUUUUUAGGAAUGUUUUGGUACGUUUAUGCCUUUUUUGUGUUGUGAUUGUCUGUUGUCGGUUUGCUUAUGUGGUCACUCUCAAAGGGGAAACUUGUGACCUGGGUGAUUUUUGUUUCUUCUCUUUGCCGGAAAAUCUGAAUGUUAUUUCCGGCGUCGGACAGCUGGCUGAGUCUGUAUCAGCGGUCAUGACCACCGAGGAUGCCGGAAAAUCUGCUCCGGCUAAGCCCAAACUUCCCGAUCUAUGGGCGGAUAAAGAUUUCCAAAAGUCGGCCCAAUUUUUUUCUUCGGUGUUUCAGGAUCUUGUUGCAGAGGGGUUUUUGAACCCAAAUUCGAAAGCCCUUUGCGUUGAAACGCCGAUGGGUGCUGAUGUUUUUGCGUUGAGGGAAAUUGGGGUUACAGAUUCAGUUGGGAUUUACAAGAAAGGUUCAAAGCCUUUGGUGAUUACAGGUAAAGCUGUUAAACAACCCUUUGAAGAUGAUACAUUUGAUUUCAUAUUUUCCGGUGCCGGAAUGAUCGAUAAGUCACUGAAACCGGGAGAUUUCGCGGCGGAGAUUUGUCGGACUCUGAAACCCGAAGGGUUUUUGGUUGUCCAUACAGGUUCUAAUGAUGCGUACAGUUUCAAUUCAUUCCUUCAUUUGUUUAAUUGUUGUACAUUGAUAAAGUCUAGGAAUAUUGAUGGUUUUGAUUCAACUAUUCGUGAGAUUGUUAUGAAAAAGGAUAUAUUUGUCGACCAAAAAGUGAGUGAUUUCAACAACAAUUGUCGUCAUGUUCCGGAUUAUAAAAUGAAACUGAUUAAAAAUGCUGAACCUUUGAUUAAAGAGGAACCUAAGAAACCAUGGAUUACACUUAAGAAGAAUGCACAGAGCAUAAAGUACUUGUCGUCCAUGGCGGAUAUUAGUUUUAAGCAGAGGUAUGUGUAUGUUGAUGUUGGUUCAAGGAGUUAUGGUUCAAGCAUUGUGAGUUGGUUCAAGAAACAGUAUCCUAAGCAAAACAAGACCUUUGAGAUAUAUGCUGUUGAGGCUGACAAGACUUUCCAUGGGCAGUAUAAGGGGAAAAAAGGAGUUACUUUGUUGCCAUAUGCAGCUUGGGUGAGGAACGAGACGUUGUCGUUUGAGAUUAAUCAAGAUCCGGGUCAUAAAGAUGUGGCGAAAGGGAGAGGUAUGGGAAGAAUUCAACCUGUUGAAUCUUCUAGUGAAUCUGCAAGUGAGGUGGAUGUUAUCCAAGGUUUUGACUUUGCUGAAUGGUUGAUGAGCGCGGUAUCGGAGAAGGAUUAUGUGGUGAUGAAGAUGGAUGUUGAGGGUACUGAAUUCGAUUUGAUACCAAGAUUGAUUGAAACAGGAGCAAUUUGCUUGAUUGAUGAAGUAUUUCUUGAAUGCCAUUACAAUAGGUGGCAGAAAUGCUGCCCUGGGGAGAGGUCUUCAAAGUAUCAGAAUACCUAUGGCCAGUGUUUGGAUCUCUUCACUUCUCUAAGAGAAAGUGGAGUUCUUGUUCAUCAAUGGUGGUGAUCAUCAAUAAUCCAGUCUAGUUUCCCUAGCUUUAGUUUUCUUAUCUUUGUAGUUCUUACACAACAGGUCAAAAAUUCUGUUUUUUUUACUUCAAAUUUUCAUCUGUAUGUACUGCUUGUUCCAUAUAAAGAAUUACGUUCAAUUCGUUUGCUUCUACAACAA